AUGGGUAAGGAAUCCAACUUCUCUCUCUACUCACUCUACUGCCUUCUAUUUAUUCUUACUGCUGCUCGAAUCAAGGAAGUUUUAAACUACGAGUUUUUGCGAAACGAAGAGGAGCUGCACAGUGCCUUACAAAAAUAUGGCACACGACUUGGCGGUGAAAUGGCUCAUCGUGCUAACUCUAUUCUGCGCCGUUUCUGCUCCAGCAACAGCAACUGUGAACUCAUGGCUCCAUUCAAAGUUUACUAUCCCGAAUAUACGAUAGCAGGCUGGCCAAGGCGCAUCUCGUCUUGCAUCAUACCAAAGAAUAUGUCCACGGUUAUCUCGGCAAUAUUCUGCUUACUGUUUACGGGUGAAAUGGGGCGUACGGAUAAAACAGUGACUUCAUUCGUGGAAAGAAGCUGCUCUCCUCGCAAUGGACUGCAUAGGUACUCUCAAGUUGAGAAACUUGCUCAUGGCUAUCCUUGGAUGAACUUUGCCAUGGUUCGCGAUCCAGCAGAGCGCUUUCUCAGCGGAUUUAUGUAUAUGUGCAGUUCAGCGAAGAUGGUUAAUGAAACUUGUGAGGGUUGCAUCGGUGAUUUAAAGUGUGCGCUUCGACGAACACUUGAGCAUUCUCAGAAAUUUGCAAGUGGAGACCUAUCAGCCGACUCUAAUCUUCUUUGGCACCUUGGUCCCCAAAAUUGGCACUGCGACUUACAACAUAAUAUCGACAAAUUCGAGCUUAUUCAAUAUUCACCAAAUGAUCCAGAUAAAGUGGCUGCUGACCUGCGAUAUGUACUUACGGUAGGAGGAGUGGAGCCGUGGCACAUUGAGUUAAUACUUUCCCAAGUAUCGAACGGCACGACUUGUCAUGCUACAACUCAUCUUGCAGAGAAAAGCGUUUAUAUGAAGCAAAUGGAAGACCCAGAGGUGAAGGAGUUGCUAACAAAGCGAAUGCAUUCCAUACUUCAGGUAUUCUUUUGGGACUACGUGCUCUUUAACUAUCCACUGCCGAAGUGGGAAUUCUAA